AUGAGCUACGUACUCGCGUUAAGACCGAACGUACCAAUCCAACUACCAUCCAUCAAGACGACGCUCAGUGUACUCUCAUGGCAGUACUUCAAGCUUCUUGAAGCAACAUUCGUCAGACGAAAAAACGCAACUGCCCUUUGGACUCCUUCAAAAUCGCCAUUACUGCAAUGCUCGUCAAAGGAGAGAGCAAAAUCGUUACAGUGCUCACUUCUGCAUUCAUGUGACUGCACCCCAGCAGAAUCCCAAGUAACGUGUCGCUGUGAAAAUCAGGACAUUGCAGAAGAAUUUCAUCAAAUAGGAAACGUUCUGCCGGUAACAUACCCAUUUGUGAAGAUGGCUAAUCAUCCGCACCACGAUGUGAUAGCACAUAUUGAGCACGGCGUAACGGCAGAGCUUGUUGUGAACGUGAAUGAGACAGUAGACAACAUUGUAACCGAAGUUACGGAUGAAGUCUGCUAUAUUGCAAACACACACAUAUACGGAUGCUACAGCUGCAAGGAAGGAGCAAGAGCCAAAGUAACUUGUUUCUCAUCGGAAAGCACCUUUGCUGAAUUGGAUUGUGGAACCGAAACUUUCACCAUUCCCUGUUCACCUAUGAAGGAAGAAUCCACGCUUCGCUUUCUGAUAUCAAAUGCUCAAGUACAACUAAAUACAAUGGACAAAAACGACGACUCCCUCGAAGAGCAAAUCAAGAAGCGCAAGGCUGAAGAAAAAAGACUGAUCGAACAACUUCGACUGAAACGUGCGUGCGUUCGGCUGAUGCCCACCCUACCAACAGAAGGAGAGUUCGUCAAGGAGCGAAUCCUGAGUGCAGUACAAGGAAUGGCAAUGUGCAAUGAGACUUAUGGACUACUAAUCUUAGCAAAUGUUGCCACUGAAAAAUCAAAGGAGAAGUUCUACGACCAAAAGCACGACGGUAUUCCACUAGAGCCAGCGUUUGUGAAUGAAUUCGUUGGGAAAGAAAUCGAUUUCUUAGAUGAGCUUUUGCGUAAAAUCGAUACCGAGUUGCACGAGGCCUCACAGCAGAUAGCCAAUGAGGAUCACGGAAGCAUCUAUGAAAACGUCCUGCAAACCAUGGCACAGUUUCAGAAAAGUAUGGAUCAGUUGGACAAGAGUCUGAAUUCCCAACUACAACAGCAAGGAGAGACACUGGCACGAUUGGACUCUCCAUGGAAGCCAUCCAGAAAGAGUUCGAAGAGUUUCAAAUCAAUGACGAGAGCGUUGACGAAGUCGACAAGAAGAUGCCAAUGA